AUGGCUGCUUUAGACUUUCCAGAUAAAGCCGUGAAGCUGGCGCGACAAAAUUCAGUUUUAUUUCACAAAAGUGUAGUGCUUCUGAGUGCUUUUAUGGUAUCUGGAAACGACAAUAAAAUGGCUUUUAAUAAAACGGUACUUCGAACUGGUACUGGAGCAUUCAAAUGCUUGGAAGUUUUGAUCUCUCUGCCAUGUUCUACGAGAAUCAAUAUUCCCGGGAUGCAGACGUCAGGUCGACAUGUAAUAAAGAGGUUAUCUUCGCUCGUUUACGCCAAGAGGAAGUGA